AUGCAGUCUCCCCGCUGAGCUUUGAGCAGCGGGUGGGCGUGCUGGUGGGGGCGGCACGCGGCUUUGAGUAUCUCCACAGCUUUCCCAUCGUUCACCGCGACAUCAAACCCGCCAACAUCCUGCUCGACGGCAGCAUGCAGGCCAAGAUUGCAGACUUUGGGCUUGUGAGGAGGGGCGAGGCCACCACCGCGAAGAGUACGCGAUUGGGGGGAACACCGGGCUAUAUGGAUCCCUCCUAUAUUGAAACCAAUAAGGUCACCACCGCCACUGAUGUCUACAGCUUUGGCAUUGUGAUGCUCGAGGUGAUGGCAAGCCGCCCCGUCGAGACCGAUUCUUUCCUCGUUCGCUCCAAUAAAGAGGCGCGUCAGCAACUGCACAUCCUUCCCUGGGUCCAGCAGCAGCUGGCUCAAUAUGGCGGCAGCGAGGCAGUGGCAUGGCUAAAGGACGCGCGCAUGGAGGCGCGGGAUGAGUUGGUGUUGAGGGUGGUGCAGCUGGCACUGCGAUGCACCGCCAUGCCGACUGCCAUGCGGCCGGCCAUGACAGAGAUUGCAGCCGAGCUGGAUGCUGUGCUGGUGGAAGUGGGCGGCAAACGCAUCAACUCCGCCGCCCAUCAGGUGGAUCAGGAAAUGGAGUCGCAGAGCUUGUCUGCUCCGACUGAGCUCACUCACCCACCAGAGGUCAUGGCUUUCCGCGGCACAGCCGUCACGCCGUCCUCCUGCCGCGAUCCGCCUAUUGCACGAUUCUGCCCGCACGCGCAAGCAGACGUUACCCCCCUUCCGCCCCCGCCGUCGAUUUGGCCUCGCGAUCCGACGGCCCACCUCGACUCGUCCGAUGCGCGUCUCGAGUCGCCCUCGCGUUUCAAUUACGAAAAUAUCACAGCUUCCCCGUCGUCGAAUCUUAGGGCUGGUUCCGAACCUGGUUUGUCUUUAGCGGGGGCGCAUGGGGAAGGUUUGCCCCAAUGCGCGCAGCCUGCCCCUGUAGCGCGGGACUCUUCUUCCGCCGUUUCCGCCGCCUGCAGUCUUGUUUGCGCGCAUUGCGCCUCCAUCCUCGUCCCUUGCCUCUGCUGCGCCGCGCUCCUUAUUCCCCCCCCUCUGCCGUCCGCUUCCCUGGCUGCGUGCCGCGCAACCCCUCCCCGCCUGCGCGCCUGCGGGGAAAAGGCGGGGAAGGGAGCGGCUUGCGGCAAUGGGGCGGCGCAGAAAGGUAUUGGCGGAAACAGGGGGAGAGGCGGAGGUAGCGUUGGUGAAUGCCGAGGGGUAGGAGGGCCGGGCGUGACAGAGGCAGCAAACGAAUCAGGAGCAACAGGAGCAGCAGGGGGAGCGGCAGCUGCGGCGGCAACCCCGGCAGAGGCGGUGGUGACUGGUGAAGAUGUGGGGGGUGGCGGGAUAGGUUGCUCGCCACUUCCGCUGCCCCUGUCGCCCGUCAGUUCUCCGCACACAGUUGGGGGCAGCACGCAGCAGCGUAGUGAUGGGUGCAGACAUGGAGGUGAGAGAUGCGAGGGAGGAGAGGGAGGAGAGGGAGGAGAGGGAGGAGAGGGAGAAGGAGCAGCAGAGCAAGGCAUGGUAACAGCGGGCAUGCGCUGUGGUCGCUGUGGCAUUGCUCUGCUGCACCCCUUCUGGCACCCCACAAACCCAUCUGCCGCCGCCGCUACUGCUUCUGCUGCUGUUGUUGCUGCUGCUGCUGCUCCUGCUGGCGCUGCUGGAUCGAAGACUAUCAUUGAUGCCAGCAAUGUGAAUAAUGGUGGUGAUUGCACUGCCUCUGCUGCCCCUGCUUGCACUGCCGCUGCUGCUCCUUCACAUGCUGCUGCAGCAGCAGCUGUGGCAGCACCGCGUGCACAUGUGUGGCCUGUGGGAGCAUCGAGCAGCGCCUGGGUGGGAGAGCACCAAUCACCGUGGGACAGCUGGCGCGAUCUCCUUGGGGUUUGGCCGGCGCAAGAGCUUCCCCUUGCCGUGCACUCUAAUGCUCCUUCGCGCUCCAACGUCCCUCCUCCCACACGUGGCAACGACAGACACCACAGCGGCUGGCAGGUGGGGGGUGCGGAGACAGCAGGGGUGGCGAGAACUAGAUUACUGGGGAGUGGAGAGCGGUGGAAGGGCCGUCAGGGUAAUCCGCACGCGGAAAAGGAUGGUGGAGGGAGGAAAGGUGGGGCAAAGAGUGGAGCAGGGGAGAAAGGUGGGGAGGGGGAUGUGAGAGUGGAAGGGCAGGGUCUAUCAAGUGAGCGAAGAGGAGCAGGGAGAGGGGGACGAGACUAUGGCGGUUGUGCUGCUGUUGCUGUAAGGCGCGCGGCCAUGGGUGCAGGGAGGCAGAUGAAGACAUGUGAACGGGCGGCCAAGAGAGUGUGCUUCGGCACGCAGGAACCCAAGGGCACCACAAACACAGCCACACGCCCUGCCCGCCAGUCCCUCACACCCACCCGUGCAUCAACCAGCAAGGCAACGCACCCAUCUCUAUCCCCUCCUUCCAACACCAUGCCUCCUCCUCGCACUCCCUCACUCCCUCUCCCCGUCUCUCCUGCUGCUGCUGCCACCCACGCCACCCCUCCCACACAGCCCUCCAGAUUUCUCCAUUCGUCCACGCCUUCCUCCCCUCAGCCUCCCUACACACAGCCCAUGCGGCCGCACUCGUCUCUUCCCUCCCCUGCCCGUGAAUUUUCUCCUCUGCCUCCUGCCCGUGCCGUAAACCCUCGCGGUGGUGCUGCUGGGACGAUUAGGGGCUCUCAGCCCGGGCAGAACCAGGCUGCUUGUUCUCUGUCCCCAGCAGCAGCAGGAAGGGGAGGCGGAGGCGGAGCCAAGGCUGCAGCAGAAGCUGUUAUGCCAGCAGCAGUAUCGGAGACAGCAGAGAUCGCAGAGAGAGCAGGAGAAAGAGGGGCAGGUGUUGGGGGAUGCGGAAGGGCAGCGGGGGCAGCAGGGGCAGCAGGGCAACAGAAAAGGGUGCGGUUUCUGGAUGGUCUGGGGGGAAGUGGCAUAGGAGAGAGCACUCCUGAGGCAGAUGGUGGUGGUACCUGGCCUGGAGGAGGGGGCGAGAGGAGUCUACCUCUCUCAUUCCUCCAUGCCAGACUGAUUCAGCACACUAGCCAGUGCAGCAGGAGGAGCAGCCAAGAGGGCACGGAACUGGGAUGUGCUUUAGGAGAAGAUGUUCGCCCUGGUCCAGCCGUGCAGAUGCCGCAGCCCACUGAUCCUUCCUCCUCCCACCCUCACCAUGCACCUCUGACCUCCCAUCCACAGUGCCUCACCGCCACCGGUUCCCACACUCUCCCUUCUCUGUCCUCCCCUCCGCAACCAACCUUGCUUCUGCGCCAGCAGGUCAACUCCUUGUUGCGCCUUCUGCAUGACCUCGCCUUUACACUUGCAUGCCCACCCCCACUCGCACCCCUUGCACCCCUCGCUUUCCAAACUGCUCAUCGUGCCUCUCAUCAAGGCCCCGCGGUCUCCCUCGUCUCAAUCCCCAACCCCACUCGCACGCACCUGCAGCAGAUUCCUUUCAGGGGCUCAGGGCCACAAGCCUGCCCAGAGUCUGGCUGGGCGAUGGGAAUGGGAAUUGGCAUGGGCAUGGGCAUGGGCAUGGGCAUGGGAAGGGAUGGCUGGGGUGAUAAGGGGCUCGGGGGAAUGGAGGAGUAUGGGAGGGAGGGUUUUGUGGACGAGUUAAUGGAGGAGAGCCCGAGUGUGAGUGAGAGGAGGGAGGCUGUACAGCUGUCGCACCAUCUGUUGGUGCUAGCAUACCAUGAGCUUGCUCAUCUUGAUUCUCUCAUUUGA